GCCGGAUAUUCCCCCAGACUGUUGUCGUUGCAUGUUAGCGUAAUAGCUACAUGACCUUGCCUUUCAGCUUUCAGAGACCGACAUGUUACCAGGAGGUUACUAGUAAUAAUGUGGUAAUUCUGAACUCACCGAGGUAAUACCUGAACGGUGUGAUUGUACUGACCACCGGGACACAAAAAAAACACGACGCUAGAGCAUGCUCAACAAGGAGGCGAUAGAACGGUCACUUAACGCCAUAUUGCAGAGUUUCUUCUUCUUUGUUGGCCAAACUACAAUAGUUUAACGUCUCCAUCUGCUGGAGAGAAGCAUGACGUGGUUUGAGAUGACUUCGAACACUAAAUGACGCACGUAUAUCUACUCUAUAACACUUAAUCUAUUCACUUCUAUAAGGCAUUCCAUUGGAAUUUAAAUUCGCUGUCUAGUUGAUGUUGGAAUAAUUACAAUAUUUUAAAGGUUUAAUUUGAAGGCUAAAUAUAACGCUGCACCGGAUACAGUAGGUGGCGGUAUGCAUCUUUGACGUCAUGGUUGCAACCCGCCAGUAAACAAAAAGAAGAAGAACGCUAAACGCGAAGGCGAGGUAGAUUACUUUUUUCCCCGCAAAUGUGAAAGUAGUAGACACAAUAAGUUAGAAUUCCAAAAUAUAAUUAAAAAGUCUAGUGCUUUAGUAGGCUGUUGGUUAUAAAGCUGUCGCCUCUAUUUCGUGUCAGUUUUGUAUCUGCAACACUAGUUUUUUCCUGAGUUAUUGGAGUGUAAUUUUUGGAGUAAUGUUGACUGAGCGAGUGUAGCGAUUGCCUAAAGAAACAAAGUCCAUAUGGAGACUUUUAGACAACGUUUGAGGUUCGGGAGGAAAGAGGAGGAUGUGAAACUAAGGAAAAGAAAGUCACUGCUAUACAUAAUCGAAGAUCAUGAUGCCCAUAGAAAUGAUGUGCUGAGAGUUGCAGCAUUUUCUGUGACUUUCCGGAUGAUCAACUGCUUCUUAGUUCAGACCAGCUUUGUUCCAGAUGAAUACUGGCAGUCUCUGGAGGUUGCCCAUCACAUGGUCUUCAAUUAUGGCCAUCUGACCUGGGAAUGGAAAGCAGGCAUUCGAGGCUUCACCUAUCCUCUUUUCUUUGCCUUCAUUUACAAACUACUACACUUCUUAAACUGUGACUCAGUUUAUCUCUUGAUUUGGCUGCCUCGAGUCAGUCAGGCACUCCUAGCUGCAUUUGCAGACGUGAAGUUUUUUUUCCUCAUAAGAACACUGGAGGGUGAACAAGUUGCAAAAUGGACGUUCUUCUGCCAUCUGUGCUCGUGGUUCACGUGGUUCUGCUGCACCAGGACACUCACCAACAGCAUGGAGGCCACUAUCACUUGCCUGGCCCUAUCCUACUUCCCUCUGCCUGCAUCCAAAACACACAGCAGCAAAAAAUAUCUGAUCCUUGUUGCCCUGGUGAUUAUUGUUCGCCCGACAGCCCUGAUUAUUUGGCUUCCGCUGUUGAUUUACCAUUUCUGGCAGGAGGAAAACAAACUGAGACUAGUUUCUCAUUACUACAUCCCUAUUGGGGCUUCAGCUGUUGUGAUUUCAAGCACAAUUGACUGCAUCUUCUAUGAAAAGUGGACCUUUGUGCAGUUCAACUUCCUGAAGUUUAACGUCUUCCACGGAAUAGCAGACUUCUACGGCUCCCACCCCUGGCACUGGUAUUUCACACAGGGGUUUGUGGUCAUAAUCGGCCCCCAUCUCCCGUUGUUUCUUCACGGAUGCUCCCUGGCUUUCAGAAGAUACAGAAUCCUGCUGGUGGCAAUCGCCUGGACCAUCGGUGUGUACAGUUUGCUUCCUCACAAGGAGUUCAGAUUCAUCUACCCUGUGCUUCCACUCUGUAUGAUCUUUUGUGGGUUAUCAAUGGCUCAUAUGAGAGCGUGGCGCCCAGCAGCUGCAUCUGUUUUGCUAGUGACCAACCUGCUCAUAGCUCUCUACACGGGCCUCAUUCACCAGCGCGGUGCUCUGGACGUCAUGCAUCACCUCCAGACACUUUGCCACGUCUCAGAACAGCCACAGCCUGAUAUUCUCUUCCUCAUGCCCUGCCACUCGACCCCUUUCUACAGUCACAUUCACUGCCCACUAAGGAUGAGUUUCCUGGAGUGUCAGCCUAAUCUUGGCGAGGGGGCUUACGUGGACAAAGCUGAUAGAUUCUACAAUGACCCUCUUCACUGGCUCAGAGCUUCAUUUCCACAAAAGCUCUCACAUCCUACUCACUUGGUUCUGUUUGACGUUUUAGAGAAGGAAAUCUCACCGUUUUUGCAAGAGGACAACUUCACAAAGACAACAGAGAUGUUUCACACUCACUUUCCAUCAGGAAGAGUUGGAAGAAGCAUUUUUAUUUAUGAAAGGCACUGACAACCACUGGAACAAUGCAUCUUUUAGCCACUAUGUCCGAUACUGUGCAUUAGCUGCUGAGAUAAACCUUAAAUGCCAUGCUUCUGAUACAGUUUCAUUCUGUCCUAUGGGAAAACCAAACAUCAAACGGCUAAUGAUGCACUAAAAGUUUGGUGUGAAUUUUUUUUUUAUUUUAUUUACCUCCCUAUAUGCUUAUUAAAGAACCAACACAUUCCAGUUGAGAUGAAGCAAAAACAAGAGGUGGAAUGUUAUAACAGCAUGUCAAACAAGCUCAUACUUGAAGCUGACAAAUCGAUAAAACACAUACAGUAACUCCUCCCUGUUUUGUUUUUGACUUUCUACACCAGCUUGGGCUGUCACCAUUCUGUAUUUUCAGAGAAACAUCAUUUACCAUUUAUUGGUUGAAACUAAGGUUCAGGGUUCAAAUUAACAUGUUACUUGUCACGUCUUUUUUAAAGAAUUUCCAACUCAUUCAAACUAUAACAAUUGUUAGGGGUGUUUAACGGCAUUGUAAUUAUUGGCUUCGUCAUUUAAAAUUAACACGUGUCUCAUAACUAACCUAAUGGCUGAAGUAUUUUUUGAAAUAGUCUUGGGUAGGAAGGAAAGCUGACAGAAUAAUGGAAUAAUGAUGCCACGGCAUGCCCAGGUCUUGCCCCAGGUGUAAGAGUUCACGUAUCUCGGGGUCUUGUUCAUGAGUGAGAGAAGGUUGGAGCGUGAGGUCGACAGGCGGAUUGGCGCAGUGUCUGCACUAAUGCGGUCGGUGUACUGGACCAAAGUUCUCAAUUUACCGGUCAAUCUACGUUCCCACCCUCACCUAUGGUCAUGAGUUUUGGGUUAUCAAUUUUCCUCCAGGGUGACUGGAUAGGGUGAGGAGCGCUGUCACCCGGGAGGGGCUCAGAGUAGAGCCGCUGCUCCUUCAUAUGGAGAGGAGCCAGUUGAGGUGGCUCAGGCAUGUACUGUAGUCCUGAUGGAUCCCGGGUGCCUCCCUGGUGAGGUGUUCCAGGCAUGCCCAGCCGGGAGAAGGCCCCAGGGCAGACCUAGGACACGCUGGAGGGAUUAUGUCUCACAGCUGGCCUGGGAAUGCCUUGGUGUCCUCCCGGUGGAACUGGAAGAGUGUUAUUUAGAUAUAUUACAUAUUACACUAAUUGAUUGUCAUCCAUAACACAAAGGUAAAACGUGGAUGUUGGUAUUACCGUCUUUAAUGCAAUGUGGUCCCUGCAUCAUUCAAAUUUUUUGUAUAUGGCUCUCGGUGGAAAAAGUUUGGACACCCUUUGUGUAUGGGGAUUGCUAUAUGUAAUGCAUUAUUAAGCAGCUCAGAGACAGAAUCUCUUCGAAUUAACGUGCAA